UUAAACGGAAUCGAAAGAAAAUCAAUGUGAACGUGUCUCCGUGUGUGUGUGAGCUAAAAUGUCUUGGUUAAAUAACUUAAAUCUAAAUACAAUUAAAGGUCAAUUGACAAAUUUGGCCAAUGAAAUUUUGGAAGAAACUGCUGGUCCUGGCGAUGAUGAAUAUCGGGAACGUCCCAGAUCACCACCACCAGCAAUUGACAAUAAGACGGCUAUUGCCAUGUUGGCGGAUACCCAAAGGGAAAAAGAGGAACUGGAUAAAUUAUGUUCCGACAAAGAAAUGGAGAUUUUAGCACUACGCAAACAAAUUGAAACUCUAUUACAAAAUCAAAUUAGCGAUACUGGAGGUGGUGCUGGUGGAGGCGGUGGCGUCAGUGGAAGUGGUAGAUCAAUUGGUAGUGGCGCUUCAGGAGGUAGUGGACGUACCUCAAAAUCG